UUUGAACGUUUUUCAUUGUAGUAAUUAUGAAUGACAGUUUUAUAUUAUAAAUGACAGCACUAAUGGGCGUGUGAUUCGCUUCCGCUCUAUUGUGAACUUGUGUAUUAUAUAGUUCAUUUCGUCUUGUGACAUCUUAUCCUCUUGCACUGAUACUAACUAAAUCUGUUAAACUCUUUUACUUCUUUAACUAAAAUUUACAACAUUUGUCUUAGACUGUAUUAAUGGCCAAUAGACCUAUUUCAACGUUCGUUGAACCUCCAGACGGCGGUUGGGGAUGGAUGGUGGUAUUUGCUUCCUUCAGUUGCAGCGUUAUAGUAGAUGGAAUUAUCUUUUCCUCUGGGAUAUUUUUAAUGGAAUUUUCUAUAACAUUCGACGAAAGUAAAGGAAGGACGGCUUGGAUUGGCUCUUUACUUGCAGGUUUUUAUCUUCUAGCAGGACCGGUUGUUAGCGCGUUGGCUAACACUUAUGGUUGUCGUCCUGUUACUAUAGCCGGAAGUAUAUUAUCCUCUAUAGCAUUCAUCCUUUGUUUUUUUGCCGAAACUCUUCUACAUAUCUGCCUUUGUUUCGGUAUAGUGGGAGGCAUUGGUUUUGGAUUCAUCUAUCUUCCCGCCAUCGUAACAGUCGGAUAUUAUUUCGAAACAAAAAGAGCAUUUGCUACAGGUAUUGCAGUAUGUGGUUCGGGAGUGGGUGCCUUUAUAAUGCCUCCACUUGUCAAUUACUUAAACGAAACAUACGGAUGGCGUGGUUCUCUUCUUCUGUUAUCAUCAAUUAUCAUGCAUUGCUGCGUAUUCGGAUCUCUGUUUCGACCUUUAGUGCCGAAUGAAGAUAAUUCUUCCGAAUCGAAAGAAGAUAUACCAAAUUUUGAUAAAUUCUCCAAACGUCAAUCGUCUAAAAGUUCAUUCAAAUUAAGAGCGCCUUACUUGCUUAAUAUAAGAUUGAAACGUUCUUCGGAUGGUAGAGCUACGAGUCUUUCGUUCACACCAGAUAACAGAGACUUAUCGAGAAGACGUCAUUCUAGCGCUUUCCCACCGAGAAGAGAAGAUUUUAUGAGACCAUUUGACCGCCAAGAUGUUCUUUUUAGUGCUAGUGUGAUGCGACUUAGAGAAUAUCGAUCUCAAUCCGAUCUAGAACAGUUCCAUAAAAGCAUUACAAGAAUACCCGAAGCCUGCGAUGCUACAAGUUCCACAGUAAUGACAGAUACAUUCCGACAACUGUUAGACACGUCUUUAUUAAAAAGUCCCACCUUCCUUGUUUUGGCCAUUUCCGGAUUUCUUACUCUUGCUGGAUUCUUCAUACCGUUUGUAUACAUAGUCGAUAGAGCUGUUUUAAUAGGAAUAUCUCCACAGGAUGCUACUUUUUUGUUAUCGGUUAUUGGCAUAACAAACACUGUGGCUAGAGUAUUCUGUGGAUGGAUUUCCGACAAACCUCAAGUCAGUUCUCUGAUAAUUAAUAACUGCGCUUUGACAAUUGGAGGUUUGGCUACGGCACUUAGCCCUUUCUUAAAUACUUAUACCCAUUUAGUCAUCUACGGUGCGAUUUUUGGAUUUUCUAUAGGUAAGUUUUUAAAUAAAUAA